AUGAGUGGACGCAAAAUCAAAACCGAAAUAGUGGAAAUCAAAAGAGAACCCGAACCCGAGCCCGACAUAGAUGUCCGAGGCAAAGAAUGUUUGGAGCAGGCUACAAUCACAAGACAUCUUUUGAAGGCUAACAGCACAAACUACAAUUCGGCGCUGACUGCCAUCGCGGAACUUGUCGACAAUUCGUAUGAUGCCAAUGCGACAAAAGUGUUAAUUUCCUUGGAGAACAAAUUCCCAAACAAUCAAAUUCGUAUAUGCGAUAAUGGAACGGGUCUAUCUAGACAAGAAGUUCUUAAUAUCAUUAAACUCGGAUUCUCUCAAAAGGAAAAAGAAGCAAUCGGCCGGUAUGGAACCGGACUGAAAUCCGCUGCUUUUCAUCUUGGAAAGAAAGUCCUUCUUUUGACGAAAAAGGAUGGAAUCUAUACGGCUUUUUUCAUGGCAUGGAAUAAUCUCGAAAACCAGAACGAUGAAUCAAUGCUAGUUGCCACGCCAUCAUACAAUGGAUCCACAGGCGAGAAAUAUUGCCCAGAGCCCGAAGAUGAACGAAUACAUGAUUACGAAAUUAGGAUAAUCUCUGAGAACAUGGAUCUAAAUGAAAAUGUCUUCGAUGAGUUCUUGAGAAUACCAUCAGAGCAUGGAACCUUGAUAAUCAUCAAAGAUCUUCAUAGAAUGAAUGUUGGUUAUGAGCAGAUUCUUGACACAUCAAUCGACAAGGAUAUUCGAGUGGAGGGAGAAGAUCUGCCACCGCACAAAGUUUCGCUUGUGGAGUAUCUCAAAGUGUUGUAUUUGUAUCCAAAAGCUUUUUUCUAUGUCGAACAAACACUCCAAACUCCACGGAAGAUAUUAUCCACUUGGGUCGGAAGAUGCUACGCGAACGUUGCAGCGUAUGAAACCGAGGCUUUGAAAAUCGCAACGGAAGAACUGAAGCGUGAAGUUGAGAACUUGGAUGACGAGUUCAAAAGACUACAAUCAGAGAAUGCUCAAGAGAAUAUUAGAGAGAUGCCGAAGGAGGAAAGAGAAAUUUCGAAAAACCGACUUGACUUGGCGAUGGCGACAGUUCUAGCAAAGAAAAGGGAGGUUGAAUCCAGAAUCAAGUACAACCAGAACAUUGGAAUUCACAAGAUUCCUUUCGAAUUCGGCCUAGAAGUCAGCGAUCGUCAAAGCAAUGGAAUUCAUUUCUACGCCAACAACAGAUUGAUUCUCUAUGGAUACAAAUCUCCAUUCUUUGAAAAAUUCUCCAAUACUAUUGGAAUAUCAAUGUACUGCAAUCUGGAUGCAAAUAUCUUCCCUCCAACUCAAAAUAAACAAAAUUUUCUGUACGACAAGGACUUCAAUUCGGUUGUGCGAUUGUGUGAUAAGAGUUUAAAUCAGUAUUUCCGAUAUCUGACGGAUGUCUGGGUUCCAAGACACUUGAAAAACCAAUGGGGACGAGAUGUGAAAGACAAAGGGGAAGACGAGGUUUGGAGCACAUUCUGGAAGGUUUAUGGAUACCCAACAUUUUCUCCGAAUUGUCAGAAAACUCCAGAUGAUGCGAAGAGAACAGCUAUUAUUGAGAAGGAAUGUGGGGUUUGGAAGGCUUGUGCACUCUGCCACAAAUGGAAGCGAAUUCGAAACAAAGAUGACUAUAUGCCUAUAAGAGGUUUGCAAUUUGUUUGCCAAAUGGUCAAAAAUCAAAAAUGCAACGCCAACAAAGAUCCAUCAGAUGGACACCUUGCAAUUGAAUUGCCACAACUCUCAGCUGCUGCCAUAAAGAAUAAAGAAGUCCCAUCGAAAGCUAGGAACACAAGAAGCAUGCCAACCUGUCGGGAGGUUAGAAGAUCAGAACAGCCUAAGCCCGAACAUCUAAUUGGUACGUCUUCUAAUGUAACUUCAACCACGCGUUCUAGUCGUCGAGAGCGUGAUAGUCAGCUUGGUUCGAAUCUGAAUCAACAAGAGCGCUCACCAGACUCAAGCAGAUUCAGAACUAGACAACAGGAGGAGCCGAGAAGGGAUAGCCAGCGUGGCUUAAGUUCAACUAGACGUCAGGAGUCGGAAGAGCAAGAAAGUGGAAGCGAAGAGAGUGUGAUAUUGUCAGCCAAGAAAGAAAAGAAAGAAAGAAGAAGUGAAUCGGUUCAACAGAAUCGAGAGUCUUCAAGAAAAAGCCAAGUGAGAGCAAGAGUUGUGGAAAAAGAGGAAGCAAUCGAUAAUGACUGGGAGGAAAGCACUACUGAUGAUUUGCCAACGGAAUCUAGAAGUUACGGAAGAGCUAGACGUCAAGAAAUGGAUUCCCGAAGACGAAGAACCGACGAGGACGUUGAACUUGUUCCAGUGAAAAAGGAGAGAGCGGGACCAGAAGUGACCACGACGGGUAGUGCUGAAGCUAGCGCAGCGGUGGCGUUGGAGAAAGUUCUCAGAGCGCUCGGCGUCGACCCCACACCUCAAUUGAACGUCACCAGAGUCAUAAUUGACAAAAUCCAGAAGCCACGACAGGCUAGAAGACGGCUCAGAGCAGACGCGACCAAAAUGCUUGAACAUCUCGGAAAGAAUAAAAGACAUCGAGUGAAUAUGCGAGCGAUUAACAAGGAGAAAACAACUCGUGCCAAACUCGAAAGCUUCGUUAACCAGAUUCGUUGA